AGCAAUCUGAUUGGCUGAUUCAUAAACGCAGUUUUAACGGCACCAACAUUCAAACUAGCAUUCUCGUCUGUUCGUUUGUGGAGGAGGAUACGUGUGUCUGUUGAUUCAAAAAUUUACUAUAUUUUUUUCAGCUUGUGAUAGUAGGCAUCGGUUUAAAACAAGAUUCUGGUGUGAAUAUGGACGAGGGCUCUGCUGAUGCAUACACAUGGGAUGCUCCUUCUCAUGUUAUAGAGUCUAUAGAUGAUUUUGCCCUGGACCCUCAGGAUAAUGCUGACCAGUGGUUUGAGUUGAAGGCAACUCCUAAAGGGGGCACUGUGGAACAGCUCACCACCCCUUUACAGACGAAGCUUUUUGAUGAAACCCACAAUACCAACAGACCCAAAGCUCUAGUGUCUCCCAUGGUCAAAAAAGAGGAGACCAUAAGCUCAGAUGUCAAAGUAAGCACCUCUGUGGAGGUCCCAUCUAACAUAGUCACAUCAUGGGGAAAUGGCAGAACUACUUCAGCUCCUGGUCAGGGCCAGAAAUCUGUUCCUGUUCAACCACGGAGAGUGUCCAAACGGCCUGUACCUAGAAAUGAAAAACCUGCAGCUCCUACAACACCUCCUCUGGUCAAGAAAAGAAGAGUUGUACCGGCUGCCACAGCAUGGGGAGUUUUUGAUCAGCGGCAAAGAAGCUCAACAUCCCGACCUGUGCGACGCAGUGGUGCAGGUGUUAGACGCAGCGGCACUAGUGUGAGACGCAGCGGUGCUGGCGUGAGGAACAGUGUCCGACUGAGAAACAAACCAGCCAUUGCCUCAAAGACCUCAGAUACUGUCUCCACCUCCAACACUACACAACAGAAAAGCACAGAACAGCAAGAGAUGGAGCGCAUCGAAGUUUUACAAAAAGAGGUGGCCGAACAGCGCCGUAAGAACGAGGCAAGCUACAGGGCUGCACUGGCAGGCAGUCAGCUUCCUAAAAAGCAUGUGCUGUCCACCACCAUUCCCAAAGAAUUCAACUUCCGCUCUGAUAGCAGGCUGAAGAACCACUCAGAUGGAGGCUCUGCAGUCGGCAGCUCCUAUAAGGAGGUGGAUUUCACCUCUCAGCUCCGCAAGCACCCAUCUUCCCCUAUGAAGGCUCCAAAGGGAACAACCAUUCCUAAACCCUUCAACCUCUCCAGAGGAAAGAGGAAGCUUGAUGAGGCAGGAGCCUACGUGCCAAUGGCCCAGCAGAUUGAACAGUUUCAGAAACGCACUCCCACACGCUAUCACCUGCGUAGUCUGUCGAGCCAGGAAAGAGGACCUUCACCAGUGAAAGCUGAGAAGCCAAAAAUCACACACCCCAAAACGCCACAGCUACUGACUCGCCAGAGACAUCGUCCCACAAUGGUGAAAAGCACUGCGGAAAUUGAGGCAGAAGAAACAGAAAAAAUGCAACAGUUUAAGUUCAAAGCUUUAGAACUCAACAGAAAGAUUCUAGAAGGUGCUUUGGUUCCUAAAAAGCCAGCAAGUAAAGAAGUUACCAAGCCUGAGGGCUUCCAGCUGGAGAUUGAGAAGCGACUUCAGGAGAGGCAGGCCAGUAAGAAGCCUGAGGAAGAAGAGGACCACACGUUCCAUCCCAGACCUCUACCAACUCGAAUUCUGGAGGAAGUUGUGGGUGUCCCAGAGAAGAAAGUUCUAAAUCCAACUGUUCCAGAAUCACCUGCAUUUGCUCUUAAAAACCGUGUGAGAAUGGAAAAGAAAAAAGAAGAGGAGAAGCCUCCUGCUCCAAUUAAGGCACAUGCUGUGCCCCACUUCCUGCCAUUCCAACCCAAACUACCAGUGAAGAGCCAGGUAGAAAUGUGCCCUUUCUCAUUUGAGGAACGCGAGCGUGACCGAAGGGUAAUGAAGGAGAAGAAACUGGAGGAAAUGAGAAAUGAAGAGGUACCUAAGUUUAAGGCCCAACCCCUUCCUGACUUCCAUGAAGUGCACCUCCCUGAGAAAAAGGUAGUAGAGCCCACCAAACCUGCUCCUUUCAAGCUGAUGGUUGACGAACGAGGAGCUGCAAAGGGUGAACGCUGGGAGCAGAUGAUGAAAGAGGAGUUGAAACGACAGGCUGAAGCUGCAUGUUUUAAGGCACAACCAAACAAUGUAACGCACAAAGAACCAUUUGUACCGAAAAAGGAGAAUCACUCCAUCUUGGCCAAUACUACUAAUUCUGCAGUUCCAGAGGCAUUCCAGUUGGCCACAGAUCGGAGAGCCAAGGAACGUAUGGAGUUCGAAAAGGAGUUGAGCGAGAAGGAGGCACUAAGGUCUCGCAUGGAAGAGGAGUGGACAAGAGAACGAGAACAGCAGGAAAAGGAGGAGAUUGCAAGGCUGCGACAGGAACAGGUGCGCAAGGCCCAGCCAGUCAGACGUUACAAGCCAGUGGAGUUGAAGAAAAGUGACGUGUCUCUCACUGUGCCCCAGUCUCCAAACUUUUCAGAUCGUUUCCGCUUGUAAAUGUGUAAUGCACCGUUAAAUUGACGUAAUUGUACAUAGUUAUCUUAACAUGUUUUGCUAUAUUGUCUUUUAUAUCUCUUUAUGAUGUCUGAACUAUUACAGUAGUUUUUAUCUGUCUGUGGCUGAUGCAUUAAGCCUCUGUGGUCAAGUAAAACAAUUUUAGUUGGGUGUGGUGACUGCCCCAGCUAAAUUUCUCUUUUUUUUUUUUUUUU